AGAGUCUUGCUCUGUCGCCCAGGCUGGAGUGCAGUGGCGCCAUCUUGGCUCACUGCAAGCUCUGCCCCCCGGGGUUCACGCCAUUCUCCUGCCUCAGCCUCCCAAGUAGCUGGGACUGCAGGUGCCUACCACCAAGCCCGGCUAAUUUUUUGUAUUUUUUUUUUAGUAGAGACGGGGUUUCACCAUGUUAGCCAAGAUGGUCUCGAUCUCCUGACCUCGUGAUCUGCCCGCCUUAGCCUCCCAAAGUGCUGGGAUUACAGGCAUAAGCCUCUGCGCCCAGCCUUAAAUAAUUCUUAAAGGAAGUAAAGUUAACUUUGAAAGAACUAUCAGGAUUUGGAUUGACCGAAAGGAGUGGGGAGGCUUAGGGAGGAGGUGCUUGCCAGACACUGGGUCAUGGCAGUGGUCGGUGAAGCUGCAGUUGCCUAGGGCAGGGAUGGAGAGAGAGUCUGGGCAUGAGGAGAGGGUCUCGGGAUGUUUGGCUGGACUAGACUUUACAGAAAGCCUUAUCCAGGCUUUUAAAAUUACUCUUUCCAGACUUCAUCUGAGACUCCUUCUUCAGCCAACAUUCCUUAGCCCUGAAUACAUUUCCUAUCCUCAUCUUUCCCCUCUUUUUUUUCCCUUUCUUUUACAUGUUUAAAUUUAAACCAUUCUUCGUGACCCCUUUUCUUGGGAGAUUCAUGGCAAGAACGAGAAGAAUGAUGGUGCUUGUUAGGAGAUGUCCUGUCUCUCUGAACUUUGGGGUCUUAUCCAUUAAAUAAUUUUCCUGACGAGCUCAAGUGCUCCCUCUGGUCUACAAUCCCUGGCGGCUGGCCUUCAUCCCUUGGGCAAGCAUUGCAUACAGCUCAUGGCCCUCCCUCUACCAUACCCUCCACCCCCUUUCGCCUAGGCUCCCUUCUCCGGGAAUUUCAUCACUUCCUAGAACAGCCAGAACAUUUGUGGUCUAUUUCUCUGUUAGUGUUUAACCGAACAUCUGUUCUGAAAGAAGGGCUGAACUGAUGGAAGGAAUGCUGUUAGCCUGAGACUCAGGAAGACAACUUCUGCAGAGUCACUCCCUGGCUUCUGGAGGAAAGAGAAGGAGGGCAGUACUCCAGUGGUACAGAAGUGAGACAUAAUGGAAUCAGGCUUCACCUCCAAGGACACCUAUCUAAGCCAUUUUAACCCUCGGGAUUACCUAGAAAAAUAUUACAAGUUUGGUUCUAGGCACUCUGCAGAAAGCCAGAUUCUUAAGCACCUUCUGAAAAAUCUUUUCAAGAUAUUCUGCCUAGACGGUGUGAAGGGAGACCUGCUGAUUGACAUCGGCUCUGGCCCCACUAUCUAUCAGCUCCUCUCAGCUUGUGAAUCCUUUAAGGAGAUCGUCGUCACUGACUACUCAGACCAGAACCUGCAGGAGCUGGAGAAGUGGCUGAAGAAAGAGCCAGAAGCCUUUGACUGGUCCCCAGUGGUGACCUAUGUGUGUGAUCUUGAAGGGAACAGAGUCAAGGGUCCAGAGAAGGAGGAGAAGUUGAGACAGGCGGUCAAGCAGGUGCUGAAGUGUGAUGUGACUCAGAGCCAGCCACUGGGGGCCGUCUCCUUACCCCCGGCUGACUGCGUGCUCAGCACACUGUGUCUGGAUGCCGCCUGCCCAGAUCUCCCCACCUACUGCAGGGCGCUCAGGAACCUCGGCAGCCUACUGAAGCCAGGGGGCUUCCUGGUGAUCAUGGAUGCGCUGAAGAGCAGCUACUACAUGAUUGGUGAGCAGAAGUUCUCCAGCCUCCCCCUGGGCCGGGAGGCAGUAGAGGCUGCUGUGAAAGAGGCUGGCUACACAAUCGAAUGGUUUGAGGUGAUCUCGCAAAGUUAUUCUUCCACCAUGGCCAACAACGAAGGACUUUUCUCCCUGGUGGGGAGGAAGCUGAGCAGACCCCUGUGAUGCCUGUGACCUCAAUUAAAGCAAUUCCUUUGACCUGUC